GCCAGAAGUUGUAGCUUAAUUCCCAAACGAACGAGUUACAGUAUCUGCUCUAGCAAAACGUUUACUCUGACCGAGGAAGCAGGAGUGCAUUUUAAUCUUAUUACCAACACCGGCGACAUGUGAUUUGCGAUUAUGCUCGAGACAAAACUCUCUCUCACUCUCUCUCUCUCUCUCUCUCUCUCUUUCACACACACAAACACACGUAAGUGCAUCGGUUUAGCAUAAUUAUGUGUCUCGGUGAUUGUAUCUCUACACCUGCAUAAUGAACGUGAGCUAAUCGCUAGCUAUUAAAGUGCUUAGGGCCCAGCGCACCACCAGUUGCGGAUAUGGCUGUAGCUUCAGUGGAGUUGAUGGGCUUUUUUAUUGGCAUCUUGGGUAUGAUUGGAAACUUGGUAGUCACCGUACUGCCGUACUGGGAAAUCUCGGCCCACGUCGGCUCCAACAUCGUCACGGCGGUGACGAACUCAAAGGGUCUAUGGAUGGCGUGCGUCCACCAGAGCACCGGAGUCUUCCAGUGCGAGACCUUCAACUCCAUUCUCGACCUGCCUACAUACUUGCAGGUGUCCCGGGCCAUGAUGGUCAUCUCCAUUAUCGUAUCUGUCCAAGCCUGUGCAGUGUCCAGCGUUGGGAUGCAGUGCACAGUGUGCAUGGAAGGCUCACCGGCAAAGACUAAAACGGCUGGAACCGGAGGGUUUCUUUUUUUAACAGCCGGUCUCCUGUCGCUCAUUCCUGUUUCCUGGAAGACCAACGAAGUAAUCCAGACCUUCUACCACUACAACAUACAGAACAGUAUGAAGUUCGAGAUUGGGUACUGCCUGUACUUGGGGAUCGCCUCGUCUCUAAUGUCUAUGCUAGGCGGAGGGCUGCUAAGCAUGUCCUGCUGGAGCAACCUAGACACGCGGCAAGGGUUCAGACAGGGUUACCCGUACCCUGAACGCUUGGGGAAACAUGGUACGGCUCGUGGUGCCUCACAUUCUAUGCCUUUCCCCCCUUCAGCCACUCUGCAGAGUGGAAUCAACAUGAAUCCCACCAACAGGACCCAAACCAUGGUCAGCCAGAUCAGCAGCAGCAGCCACCACACCACCACCGGCAUCCAAGACUCCAGGAAACCGGCACACCAGAAAACAACAGCUAGCUACGACGUUACCGGGUACGUCUGAAGAUUUAGCCUAGUUUCACAACACGAACUUGAAAAGAUCGAACUAAUAAAAACUGACUUCUUGGGUUCACAAAAAGUAAACAUUUUAGAGUAUUUUUCCUGUUGAGAGAACGAUUUCAGGAACAACAGAUCAUGCCUGUAAGCAAAACAAAUCGAUACCAGGUCGAUCGACCAACGGUGCCGUGCAAAAGCUUCGGGAGAGUUCUGUGCAAACAUGAAAAGCUAAUAUUUCACAGCAAAGGUUUAAUACGACUUAAAGACGAACUCUUAAAUUACCGUUAUUCGAUUUGCACGGUUACAUUUUGACACACGGGUGGGUUUGUGUUGGCUUUUUUUUUUUUUUUUUUUUGCUGUGAACAAGU